GAACUUUAAUGGAAUAUAAAAAAGCAAAAAUUGACCUUGAUUUAGCUGUUUCCCAAAAACCGAAAAAACAGGAAGCAAUUUGUUUUAGAGGUGUUAUGCAAUGCUUUCUUCGAAAUUUUGAUGAAGCAUUAAAUGAUCUUAAUAAAGCAAUUCACAUGGAAAAGAAUGAUGGUUAUGCUUAUAAAUGGAGAGCGUAUUGUUAUUAUAAAUUACAUCGGUAUGAUCAAGCUCUUGAAGAUAUUAAUAAAACCAUUGAUAAUGGUGUAGCAGCGGAUGUCUUUGCUUACAUUAUUCGUGCUGAUAUUAAUCGUGAAUUGAAAAAUUAUGAUGAAGGAAAAGCUGAUAUCAAAAAAGCCCUAAAAUUUAAAUUGAAUAAAGUCGAUAAAGCUAAUAUAAUUUGUAAUCAUGGUAUCAUAAAUAUGAGAGCCAAGUGCUAUAAUGAAGCUAUCGAAGAUUUUACGCAGGCAUUAAAAUUGCAACCCAAUAACGCAAUUGUUCUUCAAAAUCGAAGUAGUGUUUAUCGCACGUUAAAAAAAUUAGAUGAAUCUCUGGAAGAUUUAGAAAAAGCAUGCCUCAUUGACCCAAAUAGCACACAUCAAUAUGGGGUACGUGGAGCUUUGUAUAUGGAAAUGAAAAAAUGGAACGACGCAAUGAAAAAUCUCAAUUUAGCCAUAAAACAUCAUCCUGACAAUGUUUGUUCUUAUUCUAAUCGUGGAGAAUUAUUGGUCAAGUUAAGAAAAUAUGAUGAAGCUUACCUUGACAUUAAAAAGGCAUUAGAAAUUGAUCCUCAACACAUGGUUUCUCUUCAACAAAUGACAGAUGUUUGUCGAAGAAUAGGAAAUUAUUCGGAAGCAUUAUCAAUGGCAAAUAAAUCUUUAACUAUUUAUCCUAAUAAUAUAAACACUUUGUUACUUCGCUCAGAAAUCUAUUAUCAUCAAAAUCUUUUUCAAGAAGCUCUCAAAGAUUUAGAUAAUGCUAUUAAACUUUCACCGAAAAUAUCCACAUCAUAUUGUUGUCGUUCCGAAGUAUAUUGUAAACUUAAAAAUUAUGAUCUUGCUUUAGCUGACAUUAAUAAAGCAUUAUCAAUUCGAGAUUCAAACCCUUUUGCUUAUGAGAUACGUGGAAAUAUCUAUCGAAAGCUUGGCAAGUAUAGCGAAGCUUUAAAUGAUUUUAAUAAAUCCUUAGAAUUGCAACCAUUUGACCAAAAUUCAGAUGAUCAAAUCGAAAGGAGUAAUUCAGGAUAUGAUGAAGGUUACGUUUUAAUCUUUAAAAUGCAAGGAGAACGAAACUUUGCAAAUUUCUACGCAAGACGUGGAGCAACACUCUUUGCAUCAAACCGUUACGAAGAGGCAUUAUCAGAUUUAAAUCAAGCAUUAAAAUUACAAUCUGAACAUCUACUUUCAUUUAAAAAACGAGCAUGUGUUUAUCAAAAAAUGGGUAAAUUAGAUUUAGCAUUAAAUGAUAUUAAUAAAUUUUUAGAACUUAGAGAAAAAUACAGUAAAAUUGGUCGUAAAUCGGAUAGUACCGCUGGAAUACGAAUUCGUGAUUGUAUUAUAAAAGGAGAUUAAAAAAUUAGACCUAAAAAGUAUUAUAGAAUUUUUGUUAACCUUAUUAUUAUUGUAUAUUAUUGCAUAAUAUACAUCAUUCAUUCAUUCAUUGAACAUAUUUAUCAAAUAAAUA